AUGGACACCAGCUACCUGUCCCAGCAGGUCAACACCAUCAUCGGCCAGCUGCACGGCCUGUUUGAUGAGAUUGGCGUCCCCAACCAUGAUCGCGAAAAACGCGAGGAAGACCUCUUCGAGGCGCUGUCCAAAGCCCUGACCGACCAGGUCCAUCUAGUCACGAGCGAAAAGGAGGAAAUGAUUGAAGAAGCCGAGCGCAUAAUCACCACAAUACAGCAGAUGGAGGCAUCACUCGACGACAACCGUGCACGCCGGGACCGCAGCGACGACAUCCAAAUCACCUACCCACUUACGAGAUGCUUGCAGACGCUCAAGGAGAAGCAUAAGCAAGUCAGCCGAUUGCACAAGGAGCGUUUCGAACAGGUCAAGAAGCUUGUCGAAGCACUCGAAUCAUACUCGUCACACCUUGAACCUACCUUUGUCAAGAUCCCUCUGCCGCCAACCGGCCCAAACCAAUCCAUACCCCCCAAUUUCGACCUGUCACCAUCGUACGUGGACAAGCUCGAUCAUGAAUUUACGAGAGUCUAUGAAGAGUACACGCGCCGCGUCGCAACGGUUAAGGCCCUUUGCGAGCACACGAUUCAGCUCUGGGCUGAGUUGGGCACCCCUCAGGCUCAAACCGACGGUGCUAUUGUCAAAUAUUACCGCGAAUCACCCGAACAAUUGGGCUUGCACGAGGAAGACAUUGAGCGCCUCAAGGCGAAACGCGACAAGCUCUCGGACGAGAAGAAGAACCGCGAAAAGCGACUCAAGGAUCUGCGCGCUGCUGUCGAGGCCCUAUGGGAGAAGCUGGAGGUGGACAUGGGAGAGAGAAAGGCGUUUCUCAACAGCAACCGAGGCUGUGGCGUGCGACAAAUCAACGAGUUUGAAGAUGAGUUGGCGCGUCUCAAUGAGCUGAAGAGGCAGAACCUGCAUCUUUUCGUCGAGGAUGCGCGCUUCAAGCUGCAGGAGCUGUGGGACUCGCUGUACCUGUCCGAGGAUGAGAUGCUCGAGUUCACCCCCGCCUUUUCUGACGUCUACAGCGACGCUCUCCUCGAAGCCCACGAGCGUGAGAUUGCACGACUGGAAGUUCUCAAGGAACAGCGCCUUCCGACUCUCGAGCUUGUCGAAAGACAUCGAACCCUCACGAGUGAGCGCGAUGAGCUCGCAGCAUCGAGUCAGGAUGCUUCCCGCCUCAUGGGGCGCGGCCAAAAGGGCGAGAAGCGCGAUCCCGGAAAGCUUCUCAGAGAAGAAAAAAUGCGCAAGCGUAUCGCAAAGGAGCUGCCCAGGAUUGCCGUCGAGCUGCGCAGAACGCUCGAGAGAUUCGAGGACGAGUACGGACGGCCAUUUACAGUCCAUGGUGAACGCUACUUGGACGUCCUGGAGGCUGAGGACAGACCGGCACCUGGCCCACGAUCCAAGACCCCAGGCGCCGGAGCCGCCCCUGCAUCAGCAGCCAAGCCGAGAGGGCACAACAGAGCACAGAGCAUCACAUCUAUCGUGAGACCCCCGACUCGCAACGGGGUAAGAACACCAGCACCAGCGCCUGUGCCUACCACCAAACGCAGCGCAAACAACAUGAACAGCGCGGCUCCCAUAACUAGACCAGUUUCUGCUCACGCAAAAGCCCAGGAAAUCGCCAGACCGGCAUCCUCCAUGGGCAGCCUGAGAGAGCGAGCGCAAACUCUCAACCGGCCACCAGGUAGUCCCUCGCGGAUUCCUGCGCGCCCACCAUUGGCCAAUCUCAAGUAUAGCAACUUUGGCGCCGCGUCGCCCGAGCGACAAGAGAGGCCGGCGUCGAGAAUUGACGCAUACGCAACGAUUCGUGGUGGAAAUCACCAGAUGCGUGCUCCUCCUCCCAAAAUGCGCGAUCUCAACACGGUGGAACUAGAGACGCCGGUCAACCCUUACAAAGCAGUUGGACUAGGCGGGAAUAUUGUGCGCCAGGUCGAGCUUGAAGAUCCCUACGAUGAGGACUGUCAGCAGCCGCGGCUGAUGAGAGCCAACUCGACUCUCUCACAUACUUCACACGCUUCGCAUAACUCGCAUGCGUCGUACGCCUCCCAGAGCUCCCACCACUCUCAAGGGUCCUCUCAACACGACUACUCGUCUUCCCACUCCUCGACCCUCCGCCAAUAUCCGCCAUCUUCCUACCCCCAAGCACCACCGCCCCGGCAGAUUUCCAAUUCAUCCAACGGAUCGAGUAAUGUGACCGGCUCAGAGAACUGGGAGACAUAUGACGACGCCAGCGAGCCCGAGCAGGACGCCACCGACACAUACUACGCAAAGGUCCGGGCUGCCCGCAACGGCAAGCGUUUCGAGCCCGAAGCCGGGUAUCGACCACCGGCCAGCGAUCCUAAGAGGCAGCGACCGUUCCCGAUGACGGCACCUGGUGGACAUGCUGGGCAUGGCUACAGUGACGGCGAGGGUAACCGCAUUAUCUCGGGCAGCGAGUGGACAGACGAGGAUGGAUACUAG